AUGUCAUUUGAGCGAAUGAAGGAACAUCUACAUGCUGCCAUUCAAGGUGUCAAUAGAUACAACCCAGAAAAUGUUGGUGAAUUGGCAAAGUGUGUACAAUUGAUGGCUAGCGAGAACCAUUAUGACCGUGACAUUGUCUUGACAAUUCUCAAAUUGUACCAGCUCAAUCCCGACAAGUAUGACGAAGCGAUUGUUCGACUCGUUUUGCUAAAGACAUUAAUGGUUUUGCCGAAUAGUGAUUUCGCACUUGCGAAAUGUUUGAUUGAUUCUAAUCGGUUGGGCUCACAGGAACUGAAGCGAGUUUUGGAUUUGGGGAGCGUCCUUGAAUCAUGCGACUUCGCAGUAUUUUGGGCACUCAUGAAAGGAGAAUAUAAACCCAGCACGGAUGUACUGGAACGGUUCAAAAUCCCACAAGAAGUACCACGCAUGGUGAAGUCUGUUGUAGGCUUUGAAGAAGCUGUUCGAGUUUACGCUUGUCGGGUGAUUAGCGUAACUUUCCAAAACAUCGAAAAAACCACUCUGAGCCGAUUACUUGGAGGUGCUACAGAUAGCCAAGUGUCAGAAUAUGCGAAAAAAUUCGGAUGGGAAGAAAAACCAAAUGGAGUGUACUUUAUCGCCAAUCAUGAAGCAACUAUUCGCACCAGGAACAUUGACGAGAAAUUACAGUUUACAAAUGUUGCCGAAAUCCUGAAGAACAUGCCUGGAAUCCCAACACUCGAACAAUAAUCGAGAGUGCUAAUUCCGGUUUAUCUGUUUUGUUUUCCAUUGUUUUGUUGUUUUACUGUCUGUGUUGUCUCGGAUCAUAUUACGAAGUCUGUAUGUUUUAGAAAUUUGAAUUGGAAUUAAAUCUAGAAAAUUUUCG